AUCGGAGAAAGAGAGGGGAGUAAAUUGUCUGGGUAAUGUAGGGGAGGAUAGUGGGCAGACCUUCAACAUUUGGUCUCUGAAAAGCUCGACAUAUCAAAAUACCACUUCUCCUUUUUCUUUUUCUUCUGUCGGCCCUAGUUUGUGCCUUUUCCGGCGGACUCGCCGGAACUCCUAUUUCCGGGAUUUGCGGACUUCAACUUUCUCAAUCCUUUUCUGCUGUCCGAUUUUCUGUUGCUUCCCGGGAAAAUCCGAGGGAAGAUGUUUCGAUUCCCUGUCUUCAUUGAGCUGAUCUGAGCUCAGAAGUAAGCUAUCAGUGUCCUCCUUACCGAUUUGUGCUUGGUUUUUCAACACGUAAGAUGAGGUAACUUGUAUACGCUGAUAAGAAAGCAAUGAAGAUGCCGGCGAACCCUGCCGGAUUUAUUUCCAAUCCCGGCGAAGGAGGAAGUGGGGAGAAGAAGAGCAUAAACCCGGAGUUAUGGCAGGCUUGCGCAGGACCACUGGUGAACCUGCCACCUGCUGGGACCCACGUCGUCUACUUCCCUCAAGGCCACAGCGAGCAGGUUGCAGCAUCAAUGAAAAAGGAUGUUGAUGCUCAAAUCCCAAGCUAUCCAAAUCUCCACUCGAACCUCCUAUGUCUCCUUCACAAUGUCACCUUGCAUGCGGACACAGAAACAGAUGAAGUGUAUGCUCAGUUGACCCUUCAACCUGUUCCUUCUUUUGACAAGGACGGUAUAUUAAGGUCUGAUCUUGCUCUCAAGUCAAACAAGCCUCAGCCAGAGUUUUUCUGUAAAACAUUGACAGCAAGUGAUACGAGUACUCAUGGAGGUUUUUCUGUGCCUCGCCGUGCAGCUGAGAAGAUCUUUCCUCCUCUUGAUUUCUCUAUGCAACCACCUACUCAAGAAAUUGUGGCCCGGGAUUUACAUGAUAACGUAUGGACAUUCCGGCACAUCUUCCGUGGACAACCAAAGCGCCACUUGCUUACUACUGGAUGGAGCCUUUUUGUUAGUGGCAAGAGGCUUUUUGCUGGGGACUCGGUUUUAUUUAUUAGAGAUGAAAAGCAGCAGCUCCUCUUGGGCAUUAGAAGGGCUAACAGGCAAUCCCCCAAUCUAUCAUCAUUGGUUAUGUCAAGUGAUAGUAUGCAUAUAGGGAUUCUUGCUGCAGCGGCCCAUGCAGCUGCAAGCAAUAGUCCCUUCAGUGUGUUUUAUAAUCCAAGAGCUAGCCCAUCGGAAUUUGUUAUCCCAUUAGCCAAAUACUACAAUGCAGUUUAUGGAAACCAAAUAUCACCUGGAAUGCGCUUCCGGAUGAUGUUUGAAACUGAAGAAUCAGGAACCAGGAGGUAUAUGGGAACAAUUACAGGUAUUAGUGAUCUUGAUCCUGUAAGAUGGAAGAACUCACAAUGGCGUAAUUUGCAGGUUGGUUGGGAUGAGUCGACUGCUGGUGAAAGGCGUAAUCGAGUUUCUCUCUGGGAGAUUGAGCCUGUGACUGCUCCAUUUUUCAUAUGCCCACCUCCAUUCUUCAUAUCAAAACGUCCAAGACAGUCAGGAAUGCCAGAUGAUGAUUCUUCUGAUCUCAACAUAUUCAAGAGGACCAUGCCUUGGAUUGGUGAUGAUAUUGGUAUGAAGGAUCCCCAGAGUCUUCCUGGCCUAAGCUUAGUCCAGUGGAUGAACAUGCAGCAAAACCAAUCCUUUGCUAACUCAAUGCAGCCCAGUUACAUGCAUACCUUGUCGGGGUCUAUUCUGCAAAACCUUCCUGAAGCAGAUCUUUCACGCCAACUAGGCUUGGCAGCACCACAAAUGUCUCAGAUGAACAACUUACAGUUCAAUGCCCAGAGGCUGCCACAGCAAGCACAAAUGCUUGACCAGCUUCCAAAGUUACCAUCCUCAGUCAACCCAUUAACUUCCAUAAUACAACCACAGCAGCAGUUGGGUGAUAUUGCUCAAUUAAGGCAAAGUUUUAUGACUCAAAAUGUACCUUCCAAUCAAUUUCCAGCACAAAAUUUUCAGCCUCAGAAUGCAGUCCAGACUAAUAAUAUUCUCCCUCAGCAACAAUCUAUACAGAACCAUCAGCUUCCUAGAAACCUUCCUCAAAGCCAUCAACAGCAAAAUCAACAACAACAACAGAUUAUGGGUCACAAUCAAUGGCAAACUCUAAUGCAAUCUCAGUUGCCAGAACAAAUAAAUCAGCUACAAAUGUCUGACGGUCAGAUUCCACUUCAACUGUUGCAGAAGCUUCAGCAGCAACAGCAGUCACUUUUAGUGCAGCAGUCCGUGUUUCAACAAUCGGCUCAACUUUUCCAAUUUCAAGAUCAGCAGAGGCAACUAUUAGAUGUAUCUCAGAGUUCAUCAAGGUCGAUCACACCAAACCAAACAUUGGAAAUGCCUCAAGCGACACCAACCUCACUUCCUCAGUCAAAUGUCCUCCAGCAGUGGAUGACAAUGAGCAGCCAGGCAAAUUUUCGGUUUUCCCAUCCACCUCAGCAACCAAAACUUCAACAGCAGCUGUCUAGCAUGCUCCAUGAAAUGCCUGGACAUGUAGGACUUCCUCCGACCUCAACCACCAACCUGCUUUCUAAUGCGGGAGGUAAUAUAUUAAAUGGAGCUUUGGGAGCUGGGCAGUCAGGAAUUACUGAUGAUGUUCCAUCAUGUUCCACUUCCACUUCCCCUUCUAAAAACAAUUGCUCGAAUUCAAUCCAGCCGAUGAUGAACAGCUGGCCCCCUUGGGGCACAUCAUUGGGGGAAGACAUGGCUCAAUCUGCUGCAACAAUUUUGAGUCCUGGUCCCUUGGAAACUAUGCCUUCUAAUGCCAAUUUAGUUAGAGAUUUAUUGCAGAAAACUGAUAUUAAGCCCUCAUUGAACAUCUCCAAGAGUCAAAGCCAAGGAUUAUUUUCCCAACAAGCAUACCUAAAUGGUGCAGCUACCCCUACAGAUUAUUUGGACACAUCAUCUUCAACAACUUCAGUUUGCCUUCCACAGAAUGAUGCCCAUGUACAACAGAACAACUUCUUAGCUUACAAUCCACAGUCAAUUUUGGUAAGGGACACAAGUCAAGAGGGCGAAGUUCAGGCUGAUCCAAGAAGUAUCAUUUCUUAUGGUACUGACAUUGAUGGCCAGUUUGGGGUGCCCAUGAAUCCUGAUACUUCACUAACAAAGGGCGUGGUAGCGAUGGGGAAAGAGUUCUCAAAAAAUCUUUCUUCAGGAGGAGGGAUUUCAAACUACAAAAAUUCAAAAGACCCUCAGCGGGACAUCUCAUCCUCAAUGGUUUCCCAGUCAUUUGGCGUUCCAGAUAUGGCUUUUAAUACGAUUGAUUCCACGAUAAACGAUACCAGCUUCUUGAACAGAGGUUCAUGGGAACAAGCACAACAAUUUCAGCGAAUGCGUACUUAUACCAAGGUGUACAAACGUGGAGCUGUUGGAAGAUCAAUUGAUAUUACCGGUUACUCAGGUUAUGACGAGCUUAAACAGGAUCUGGCUCGUAGGUUUGGUAUAGAGGGACAGUUGGAAGAUCAACAGAGGAUAGGCUGGAAACUUGUGUACAUGGAUCAUGAGAAUGAUGUUUUGCUAGUUGGGGACGAUCCUUGGGAGGAGUUUGUGAACUGUGUACGCUGCAUCAAGAUCUUGUCUCCACAAGAAGUGCAGCAGAUGAGCUUGGAUGGUGAUUUUGGAAGAUCUGUUCUUCCAAAUCAAGCAUGUAGCAGCUCUGAUAACGUAAAUGCUUAAGUAAUAAACCACGAUACUAACAGCUAUUCUUCCACGCUGUAGCAUAUAUUAUUUGUAGGAUUCUGUGCAUAGAUAUCUGGAUAGCAAGUAUUUUUCUUUUCAAAUUUGGUUCUUUUCCAUGGCUCUGCUUGCUUCAAAAGGAGCAAGAAGCCAAGAAGUGAUCCUAGGUCAUCAGAGCCCUUCUGUUAACUUUUGGCUCUGCUCCAAAUCUGGCACAUACAUGUAAGAGAUGGACAAAAUGAGGCCAGAUCAAUUGAUGGUUAUUGAUCUGAGUUUGAAAGAGUAAUGUCUAGCCUAGAAGGUUGUCAUGCCUUUACACUAGUUGAUUACUUGAUGUGUUAGUUUCGUUGGUGAUUAACUCGUCCGGUUUUGUCAUAAGUCAUUGUAGAAAACUAGGAAGUCUGCAGGGGCUCAGUUUGAGCGUAUAAAUAUGUAAAGUACUUGUUCAUUAGAAUUCCUAGGUUGCAAGGAGAUUUGAAAUGCUUAAUUCAAUUUUCUAAUUAUGGAAUUUGGAAGGCUUGGGUAUGUAAAUAUAUA